UGUCUGGUUACCAUCUUCACCGUCCAACACUGGGAACGGAUGAAGCUCGCGACUUUCCUUCCUCUGCUGGCCGCAUUUCCACUGCAGGUUCUUGCAUCAUGGGGGGACAGAUCCAAAGAUUUUCAAUACUGCCUUCAGCGUUGUGAAACGGCGGAAUGCGCCCAAGAACCGGCGUCUCUUUCGCUUAGUCUCCGUCUGAUGCGCUGGACGUGCUCAGACAACUGCAAAUAUCGCUGUAUGCACGAAAUCACAGCGCGAGAUAUUGCGCUAGGAACAAAAGUAAAACAAUAUUACGGAAAGUGGCCGUUCUGGCGACUUGGGGGCGUGCAGGAGCCGGCAUCGGUAGCGUUCUCGUUGCUCAAUUUUUGGGCGCACGUAAAAGGGGCCUCUAGGCUGCGCAGGGAGAUAUCUGGUGAACAUCCUAUGCGGAUAUAUUAUCUGUUGUGGGCAUUUGCCAGCAUGAACACGUGGGUUUGGUCGUCGGUAUUCCAUACUCGAGACACACCGUUAACAGAAAAAUUGGAUUAUUUUUCUGCUGCACUCACGAUAUUGUUUGCCCUCUAUUUCUGUGUAAUCCGCUUGUUCCACCUGUAUACCAAACCACGAUACCGUCUCAUCUUGUCCAACGAUCUUCCUACAAGCUGGACUUGGAUACUGUGGACAUCAAUAUGUAUCGUUGCCUUUGUGUGCCAUGUCACGUACCUCAUGCUCCUCCCCCGAUUCGACUACGUUUACAACAUCAUCUUCAAUUCGGUCGUGGGGAUGUCACACAACCUUCUCUGGCUCGUAUAUUCCCUGCCUGUUUCGAUAUCCUUGAUACGGAGAUUUCCCUCGCGUCCAAAGACAUAUAGACCUCCAUUUGUUAGUCAUGCCGCAAUACUGGUGUUAUUCACCACGGCCGCGACUGGUCUCGAACUUUUCGAUUUUCCUCCUUGGGGCCGAAUUAUCGAUGCGCAUUCAUUAUGGCACUUAUCUACAGCGCUUAUAGCUCCCUUCUGGUAUCAGUUUCUGGUCGACGACUCACGAGAUGAGAGUUGGCGGGAACAUAGAGCCUAAUUACGGUUUUCGUGUGGGAGUUUUUACUCGCCUCUUGUGGCUCCUGACUAAUGAUCGCAAGUUACAGUAUCUUUCGUGAUGUAUAACCGGGUAAACCUACUGUAUCACCUU